GGUCGUACGAUCCGACGGUCUGUCAACUGCCGCGUGUUGAGAUCGAUGGGUCUCCCUCCACGGAGGCGAGGCUGUUUCUGUUAUGAUACGAUACGCAUUCCCCUCGGUGAUCACCUUCCUUUGCUGCUUCGUCUUCACAAUCAGACCAGAAGGCAAACGGGUCUCUCUCUCUCUCUCUCUCUCUCUGCGCUCCUGCAUUCUCGAAGCUUCUUCACGCGCUCCAUACCUUAAUAGGUACGGAAGAUCUGUCCGCCUUCAUGCUCCUUUGUAUCCAACAUCGCCGUUCACGUUUGUUUUUUUGUUUGUCAUAAGUUUCGGUCCUGAUGCGGUACCGUAAGAUGAUGCAUGCCGUCGCCGGUGGGAUCGACCUGAACGCGAUGGAGCCUCUGGCUUGUCGGGUUCAGGGUUUUGGAGAGAUGGUUUCGGUAUCUGAUGAAGUGAGGGGUUUAGGAGAGGGCAGAGACUCGAGUGACGCUUUUCGUGGCGCUGAUGGCGGUGUUAUUGGUCGAGAUGAGGCGUCAGGGCGGGUCGGGGAUGAGGAACGUGAUGAUCGCAGGAAAGUUGGGUCAGUAGGUGAAGAGAGUGAUAUGAAAGUAGAAUCCGUGGGGAGUUUUGCUGCUAAGGAGGAUGGUUUCUGUGAGACUAACCGGCUUAUGGAAAACCACACUCCGUGGGGAAUGGGCGAUGAUGAGAUCACUGGUGGCACUGAAUUCAUUUCGGGGGUUUCCCGGGAUAAUAAUGAUGAGCGCAGUGGUGUUAAUCUUAUGGUAGAUUUAAAUUGGUUCUGCACAGAUGAGGAGAAUGACGUUAAAUUUGCUUCAGAUGUUGGUAAUGUGAGAGAAAGUGCAAAGCAAAAAGAUAGAAAGGAGAUAAGAUCAUUUGGCGUCUACGAUCUCGUGUGGGGCAAAGUGAAGAGUCACCCAUGGUGGCCUGGUCAGAUAUUUGAUGCUUCAGCUGCUUCGGUGAAAGCUAAGAAGCAUUUGAAGAAGGGCAGGUUUCUGAUAGCAUACUUUGGGGAUCAGACAUUUGCUUGGAAUGACGGCAUGAGCAUAAAGCCCUUUGCGGAACAUUUCUCGAAGAUGGAAAAGCAGAGCAGCUCGCAUAGCUUUUGCCAUGCAGUGGACUCUGCUCUCAAAGAGAUCUCUAGGCGGGUAGAAUAUGGACUAGCUUGUCGUUGUCUGCCUAAAGGAGUAUAUGAAAAGAUUAGUGCUCAGACAAUGAUCAAUGCUGGUAUCAAGGAAGAAGCGGUCAUUGCAGAUGAAAGUGACAAAAGUUUGAGGGCUUCUUCCUUUGAGCCAGUGAGGCUUGUCAACUAUGUAAAAGGAUUAGCAGAGUCUCCUCUUACUGAAGGUGAUAGGUUGGAACUCCUAGUGAAGCGAGCUUGUUUGUUGGCCUUCUCACGGUGGAGAGGUUAUCUCGAGUUACCUGAAUUUGAGGUGAUAGAUGGUCCUUUGACGAAUGAAGAAGGCAAUAAUAUUGCAGACAGAGAAGCGCGUGGUUUAAUGGAUGGUAUGCUUCCUCCUGAUCCCAGUACCAAUGGCAGGGUGUCAAUUGCUAUGGGCAAAGGAGAGCGCAAAGGUGGAAAUACUCUGCUGCCCAACAAAAAGGAGAAGAGCUUGUCAGAUUUGAUGGUCAAUAAGCAAUCAUUCUCUGGUAAGAAACGCAAGGCUCGGAGUUCUGCAUCAUAUGACUCAGCCAUGAGGAGGAGUCAUUUGAAAGGAAGUGACAGUAAGUCUCCACGAGUUCAGCGAAUUCCUGAGGUGGGAAAGAAAUUCGGGAAGAUAGCUAGCGAAAUGAUUGGUUCUAAAACCAGUUGCAUUUCUCAGGAAUGUAAUGAAUUCCCUGGAAGAAUAAAUCCCAUGGUAGAGCAGAAUUCUCCCGAUAAGAUGAUGGCACUGCUCCGUUUAGUUGCAAGGGAUCCUGUCAAUUGUUCCCAUGCAUUCACUGCCCUUAUAAGUUUCUUCUGGGAAUUCAGAGAUUUUUGCAUCCCAGUUCAAGAUCCUGAUGGUGAGAAUGUAAUAUCUUCGACCACCCUUGUGACCGGAGAAUCUCUUGACUUGGAAUGCUUGAGAGAUUCGUAUUGGACUGAUUGUAUUAUCCAAAGCAUUCCUGAAGAGCAAACAGCGAUGGAAGAGGAGAUUGCUGCAGAGACCUUUGCUUCUGAUGGUUUUACAGACAUGAGGAGUGAAAAGGAAGAUACCAAACCUACGGCAUUGAUUUUGAACUUCACCAACUCGGACUCGAUCCCUUCAGAAGCAAAGCUGAACAAGAUAUUCGACCGAUUUGGGCCCCUGGACGAGUCAGAGACCAAGGUCUUCAAGAAGACUAAACGGGCCAAAGUGGUGUUCAGGAGGCGAGUCAAUGCAGAAACCGCCUUCAGCAGUGCAGGAAAGUACAGCAUAUUUGGGCCUUCACUCAUCAGCUAUCGCCUCGAGUAUGAGUUAUCUAAACCCACCAGUGAGGCUUCUGCUCGUUCCCGGAGGGGGACCAAGAGGAUCUGUUCAUCAUUUGGUGCUUUGAACUCAUCGUUGUGCUGUCCUAUUCUGGAAAAUCAAGCAGAUGACCAGAGCUUAGAGCUGUUGCCGGGCCUGGAUCUUGAGAAUGCUGAUGUAGAGGGAAAUGAGAUGGCAUCAAAACCCCUUAAGUCGGCCGAGCAACGAGUGAAUAAAACACCCGAAAAUUACCACUUGCGCAAAAGUUUGGCUUGGGAUGCUGCUUUCUUCACUAAUGAUGGGGUUCUGGAGCCUGAAGAGUUGACCAGCAUGAUUGAAGAUGCUGGGAAGAAAGAAAAGCGCACAUUGCCUAUGAUCCUAGAGGAGACGCAAAGAUCUACAGAAUCAAUUUCAACUUUAGAAAGUGAUACUUUGACGAUAGCAAGUCUCGAGGCAGAGUUGUUUGAAGAUAUACGAGCUUCGAUCCAGAAAUCCAGUAAAACAUCCAAUGUUCAGAAUUCUGGCAGCGAAGCAGGACAGUCAUCUUUUGAUGCACACGGUCAUCGUUCUAUAAAGAAAGACCCAGCUUCUAAUGGCAAGUUAAAAGUGAAGCUUGCUUCUACGAAGUCAAGUUUGGGCAUGGUAAGGCCGGGGAAAACAACAAACCAGGUUCCUGUUCAUCGACGAGUCUCACAGGUGAAGAAUGUUGCUGCGGAUUCGUUGUCAUUUAAGCCACCAAAACCAGGAGUGCUUCCACCUACACCAUCUGCAGCAAAGAGGGAGUCUAUGGGUGCCAAUCGCAUGAAACUCGAAAAGAAUAAUAUAGAAGGUAGAGGGGCUUCAACACCCAAAGUGCCUGCUUCCAGUGGUAACCGCAACCUUAUGCCUAGGCCUUCAUCUUCCAGAUCUUCAGCCCGUUCAGUUUCAGUUAACACCGAGAUGACUCCAACAUGUGAUAGUUCAGCCAGCAGUUCAUCUGACAGAAUUGGGAAAUCUCCUGCGAAUCUUAGAAACAAGGGUGUUGACACCAAAUCAAGGAAAUUAUCUUCUGCCAGUUCCUCUACAGUGAAAACACCGCCAAGAAGCACCCCUUCUCGUCUCUCAGCACGUCUCAUAUCUGCUACCAAGCUCUCCUCCAGCAUAUCACCCGCUAGUUCAAUCAGUGAAUGGUCAUCAGAGUCAUCGUCUUCGACUUCGACAGUCAAACAAAGAUCAACUGGUUCAAGAGCUAGCCUGGAGCCCAGCUCUUCUGAGAAAACCUGCAAUGAUAGUGAUAAUGGACAGCAACUAGAUGGAUCUAAAACUCAUGGAUCUACCAGUACAACUCUACAUGCAAAGAAUGCUUCAAUGGAAGCAACGCUACUUCUUCCGAACUCCAUGAGACCUUCUGGUCUACGCAUGCCAUCACCAAAAAUCGGCUUCUUUGAUGGGGUGAAAUCAGGGCGGACUCCCAAUGCAAAUCGACAGUCCCCAAGAGUUGUACCUGGUAGGCUUCCAAAAGCAGAAACAGCUAAACCAGAUGGGACUAUGAACAAGGUGAAGGUUGGUAAGUUCCAAUCCGCAAGAACUGCUGUGGCCAUUGGUAGUGCAAAAGGUGGGAGCCCGAAAUCUCUUCCUCCUGAAUCUUCAAAUUCAGCAGAGAAGGUUUCUAGUGCUUCCAGGAGCGUCCAACGUACUUCUCCUGGCAUAUCUCCGAGAGUUCAGAGCAGGUUAUCUCCUAGAUUUGGAGGCAAGAACCGCUCGAAUGUCGAGGAAGUCAGAUCCAAGGAAACUGAUGUGAACACAUAUGAUGAUAAUGAGAGGCCAGAAGACAAGCCUGUAUUGGAAGUGUUGUCUAGUAGAAAUACUUCUAUUGAUGGAGGAGGACUCGAGACUUCGAAUGUGAUAAUGGAUGUGGUGGAUAAAGUUGGUGCCAGAAGUCCAGUUAAAUGGGAGAGUGAUGUUGAGAAUGGGACGGUGUUUGAUCAAUCGCUCAGUAAUGAUUCUCCUGAACACUUGUUAUUCAGGAACUUCCCCGUCUGCAGUCAAAAGGAGCUUAUGGAUUGCUCUUCAAAGCCCUUGCCGUCCCCUUCAAUAGCCAAAACGGACAUUGCAACUGGUGUCCGACAGCCUUUCGCUGCGAUUAAUUCCUUCUGCAACAUGGAUGAGUCUUCUGAUGUUUCAGCAGAAUUGGCCGCAGCGGAGCUUGGGAAGAGGAUUGCUUCGCCCACCCAAAGUUCGUUGAACGAGUAACUGCUGAGUUAAUCUAAUGGAUUCGGAACACUUUUUUCUCUCAAAUUGCUCAAGUGUUUAUUAGUUUUCAAAGAUGCCCAUGUAUUGUAGAUUUGUCAAUUCUUCUGCCAAUAGAUGUCGUGUUAUUGAAACUAAUAACAGAAAAUCAUCUUCUUAUUAAGAAACAAGGGAAUUUCAUUGUUGUCUCAA